AUGGAUUACGAGUGUGAGGAAGAAGAACGGUUUUCGACGCCACUGCAUAUCGCAGCAUCGUGUAGAGACGCCCCGGAGCUCUCUCGAUUGUUGAGUACAUCACAUGAAUACAUCAACACCCGGGACCCUUGGCAUCACACACCACUGCAUGUCAGCGUCCAGAACAGCGAUCUCCCUUCCGUUAAGCUUCUUCUUUCACAUGGUGCAGACCCAAGCCUCGAAGUUCCGGAUCCUUACGGGUACUACGUUGAUGGCUCGAAUUCGCUGAGCCUGGCUGCGUCCUUUGGAUAUGUCGAAGUUCUAAGGGUUCUAAUAGAAGCGGGCGGUCCUGUUACUUCGAAAGUGUUAGGAAUGGCUGUUGAAGGGGGGAGAUUGGAAUGUGCUAAGGAGGUCUUGACUUGGGUUAUGAAGGGGAAUGGGCGAGUGUUUGAUGAUGGAGUGGCUAGGGAUGAGGGUGUUGGGUACGCGUUGCGGAUUGCAGCUGCCAAUUGGAGAACCGAAAUAAUCGAGGUUAUGCUCAGACAUUGCAAACCAAGCAGGUCGGUAAUGGAUAUCGCUCUCCUGGAAGCACUUGUGGACAUCGAACGUUACGAUGAUUUCCAUGUCAUCAACCCAGUUUCCAGAGGGACCGUCCAUGGGAUGAAACAACGAGUCUUGACGGUUACUCUAUUGCUAGAUGCUGGAGCAGAUGUUAAUACCAGAGAGAAAUUAUACGAGUAUGAAGGAAUACCGCUUCUUCAUCAAAUUGUUCGAAUUGCGAGCGGAGCGGAACAAGCUUUCAUGGCCAAUAUAAUUGGCGUGAUGAUAGGUGCUAGAUCAGAUGUUGAUACUAGAGGGCAGCAGCUAGCCGGAAUUGAAGAUCUUUGUCAAAAUGUUCGAAUGGGAGGAAGAGAAAUAUUUGCCUUGUUCUUGGAAAGAGGAUCGGAUGUGAAUUCUACAGAUGGUGGCGGACGCACGCCGUUAUUUCAAGCUAUUCUGGCUGACGACGUUUAUUUCGCCCAACACCUUAUCGAAAAAGGAGCUGCCAUAGCCCAUUCUAACAAUGACGGACUUACGCCACUACAUGUUUCAGCUAGCAACGUUACGCCCGCAUGUUCAGCAAUCAUAUCACUCCUCCUCGAUAGUGGCGCGUCUCCAAGUGCUCGAACUCCACAAGGCGAAACCCCACUAGACUACGCAUCUCACUACGGGAACGCAGCAGCAGUGAAAAUUCUUCUCCCCAUUACCCCGACGUCGAUCGAUGAUAAAAACUCAAUGGAUUAG